GGACAAGCACAGUAUUGUCUAGUAAACUCUUGUUAACGCUUAACCCAGCAUCUGUCUGCCUGGAGCACAGGUUCAUCUGACAAAAAAAAGACAUUUUAUUUGAUUUCAGAAUAUCUCCGAUGAUGAUGAAGAAGAUGAUGUGUUUUAGCUGAGCUGUGGAGAGGCUCGUGUAAAUUGACGGUGAACUGACUGACUGACGCUCAAACUUCUCUAAAGUUGUUCAAACAGAAGAGAUACCAUGCUUCUUCAAGCAGACGAGCUUCAAUGAAACAAUGAUUUCGUUCAUCAGUGGUCGGUGGUGGAGAUGGAAGUUCCAGAAUACUCUUGCAGUUUUUCUGCUGCUGAUCUGCCUUUCCACCUCAGUGGCACAAAGCUGCCAGAGUAGCACCAGCUGCAAUGUGGUGCUCACCGACUCCCAGGGCUCUUUUACGUCCCCCUGCUACCCCAAUGACUACCCACCCAGCCAGUCCUGCAAUUGGACCAUACAGGCCCCGGCUGGCUUUAUAGUACAAAUCACCUUCCUUGAUUUUGAGCUCGAGGAAGCACAAGGCUGCAUCUAUGACCGCGUUGUCGUCAAGACCGGCACCAAUGAUGCCAAAUUUUGUGGCUUAACGGCCAAUGGACUAACUCUCAACUCCACUGGAAAUGUGAUGGAGGUUUUCUUUAACUCCGACUUUAGUGUCCAAAAGAAAGGCUUCCAUAUCAGUUACAAGCAAGUGGCAGUGACACUGAGGAACCAGAAGGUCACGAUGCCAAAAAGCAGCAAGACUAUACUGAGAGUGUCCAAUUCAAUCACCAUUCCUGUUCUGACUGCCUUCACGGUGUGCUUUGAGAUUGCCCGCACUGCACAGAAGGCCACGGAGACCAUAUUUACCCUAAGUGAUGCUGCCGGGACGUCUAUUUUGGCAUUUGAAAAGACAUCAAACGGUAUGGAGUUGUUCAUUGGCACUUCCUACUGCUCAGUAAAUAACUUUCUCACCAGCUCAGACCUUACGGCCACUAUGAAACCGCUCUGCCUCACCUGGACCAAGUCUUCUGGCCUCAUAGGAGUGUAUUUUGGAGGCCACUAUUUCUCUAGCAUCUGCUCGGCCUCUCAGACUUACACACUGCAGAGUGGCGGAUUGCUCCAAAUUGCUGGAAAAGGGUCAAGCUCGGUCAGUGUGGAUGAUCAGAAUUUGGAUGGCUUCAUUUAUAACUUCCGCUUGUGGGACCAUGCCAUGCUCAGCAGCGAGCUGUCCGCGCUCACCUGUGAUACUGUGGGUAAUGUCGUUGACUGGGAUCAUUCCUACUGGACUAUCCCAGGCUCUAGCACGCAGACCGACAGCACACUCAGCUGCAUCUGUUUCCCAAAUUGCAUUCACUUAAAAGCUUCAACUAGUGGUACUGCCAUAACAACUCUUUCACCAGGAACUGCAGGUUGUGCUUCUCCUGGACUUGGCUGCCCAGCAACAUUAACUGUUACCAUCACAUCCAUUGCCACCACUAACAUCAUUCCUACUAAUGCAACAACCCACGCUCUUACUACUACUAUUUCACACCCAUCUACUUUUAGCAUGCCUCUAACCUCAACUGCUCUACUCACACCAACUACCACUGUUAAAACAACAACUACUAGUGCUCAUACAGAAACACCAACAGCUACUAGUGCUAAAGCAACAACUACUACUGCUAUUGGUAAAACAACCACUGUAGUACCAACUACAUCUAACCUGCCACCCAUCCACCCUGCUGCUGCUACUAACUCACCUCUGUCCAUCCGCAAAACCAAUGAGGAUAUUUUCUACAGAUCAUCCCUUGUGGUUACUGAUGAACAAACUCCAGAUAGAGAUGUUACAGCAAUGUUAUCUCAAUGGCUCAAUCAGACAUUUCAGAACUGGAUGUACAGAGUUUAUGUUGAUGGUGUCAGUCUUCAGCUUAGCACUGUUCCGUCAAGGACCGCAACCACACGACAAACCUACCUGGCGCUGCUGGUGUAUAAGAAUACCACUGAUGUGAAUCUGGCUGAGGUGGAGAUUGAGAGCAUGCUGAGAAGUGCCCCUGCAAUUGGAAAUGGCUUGACUUUAGACAGUGUUACCGUGAACUUAAUGGAAAAUUGCCAGGCAGAUGAGUUCCCAGUCCACUAUAGAUGGCCAGAGAGCAGACCCACCGUCACCCAGUAUGUCCCCUGUUUCCCUUACAAAGAUCGAAACGCAUCCAGAACUUGCAUGAUUAACCAGGAUAAUUAUACAUCAUUUUGGGCCCUGCCUGACCGUGGAAACUGCACUAAUAUAACCAGCAUUACUGUUUCACAAGAGAAUGCGAUGGAUGUGGCUGUGCAGCUUGCGGAUAUCAGCAAUAAUGGGCUGUCCAAGGAGGAACUGACACAAGUUGUUACCAAAGUGAUGGAGCUGGUGAACAUAGCCAAAAUCAACGCCACCCUGGCCAGCACUGUGGUCACCAUCAUUUCUAACGUCAUGGUCAGCUCAGAGGAUGCCCAGAAGGAUGCCUCAGAAACAGCUCUCAAAGCAGUGGAUGAACUGGUGCAGAAGAUUGAGUUUGAUGGACCCUCACUGACCAUCUCGUCCAAAAAUCUGGUUGUAGGAGUUUCUGCUCUCGACACAAGCAAUUUUAACGGCAGCACUUUAAGUGCCUUUAUAGCCACAAACACAACAGACCCUCAGAUUGAUUUUGACUCAGAGGCGCAUAAUGCAUUGGCUGUGGUCACUCUGCCUCCCACGCUGCUGCAAAACCUGAGUCUUUCACAAAUUGAGAAAGUGUCCAGAAUCAACUUCAUGUUCUUUGGCAGGACGGGGCUCUUUCAACUCUUUGGAUCAUUGAUGGAUCAUCAAAACAAAGGCAUGACAUUGAACAGCUAUGUUGUGGCCAGCAGUGUUGGCAACUUCACCAUCAAAAACCUGCAGGAUCCUGUCAGGAUAGAGAUUGCACAUUUGGAGUAUAAGAAAGAUCCGAUGCCUCGUUGUGUGUUUUGGGAUUUUGACCUCCAAAAUUACUCAGGGGGCUGGAACAGUGACGGCUGCGAGGUCGGUCCGGACUCCAACAGCAACAGGACAGUCUGCUUGUGUAAUCACCUCACACACUUUGGCAUUCUAAUGGACAUGUCUAGUGCUGCUGGGCGGAUAGAUGAGAAGAACAACAAGAUACUUACCUUCAUUACCUACAUCGGCUGUGGGAUCUCAGCCAUUUUUUCAGCGGCAACACUGCUUACGUACAUCGCUUUUGAGAAGCUGCGGCGAGAUUAUCCCUCCAAGAUCUUGAUGAAUCUCAGCACAUCGUUGCUCUUCCUCAACAUGGUGUUUCUUCUGGAUGGCUGGUUAGCCUCUUAUGAAAUUAAGGAGCUGUGUGUGACCGUGGCUGUGUUUCUGCACUUUUUCCUUCUCACUUCCUUCACCUGGAUGGGAUUAGAGUCCAUCCACAUGUACAUUGCCCUGGUCAAGGUCUUCAACACCUAUAUUCGGAGAUACAUUCUCAAGUUUUGCAUUGUGGGAUGGGGUGUCCCUGCGGCUAUUGUUGGAAUUGUGUUGGCUGUGAGCAAAGAUUCAUAUGGGAAAAAUUAUUAUGGAAAAGGAAAGGAUGGACAGGGAACAUCGGAAUUUUGUUGGAUUCUCAGCCCAGUGGUAUUCUACGUGACGUGUGUGGCCUACUUCUCCAUGAUUUUCCUAAUGAAUGUUGCCAUGUUCAUUGUGGUAAUGAUCCAGAUCUGUGGACGUAACGGCAAGCGCAGCAACCGAACACUACGAGAGGAUAUCUUACGUAACCUGCGCAGCGUGGUCAGCCUGACGUUCCUGUUGGGUAUGACCUGGGGCUUUGCAUUUUUCGCCUGGGGUCCAGUCAGUCUGGCCUUCAUGUACCUCUUCACCAUUUUCAACUCACUGCAGGGAUUAUUCAUAUUUGUGUUCCACUGUGCCCUCAAAGAAAACGUACAGAAACAAUGGAGGAGAUAUUUGUGCUGUGGAAAGUUACGUUUGGCAGAUAAUUCAGACUGGAGUAAGACUGCCACUAAUAAUACAAAGAAAGUGAGUUCUGAUAACCUGGGAAAGUCCCUCUCCUCCAGUUCCUUUGGCUCCACUACAGCCAACUGGACGUCCAAAGCCAAAGCCACACUAAAUCCAUUUGCCAGGCACAGUAAUGCAGGUAAAAGCUCCUCCAAUCAGAGCAGUCCCAAAUGCAGCCCUUCUGACGGAGAGCCUUCCUCGUCCAUUCUUCCCGUGCACCAGGUCCUGGACAAGGUAAAGGGCUAUUGCUCUGUGCGCUCGGACAACUUCUACAAGAACAUUAUCAUGUCAGACAGCUUUAGCAACAGCACUAAAUUCUAAAGCAAGAAGGCCGGGAUGGAUAUUAUACUGAGUUUAACCCUCCAAGCCCUUCCACCUUCCCUGACUGGAGUUGAGAAACGCAUAACCCUAUAGAGAGGGCAAGCUAUGAAAGAGGAUUUUACAAACUGUGAUUUUCAGCUUAUACUGACUAUGUGAUCUGUAAAUAUUCAUAAUAUAUUUUACUAUUCGUGCUUUUUCUAAUUUCUGUUUUGCAUAAUUUCUCUUUUUGCACAUUGUUUUUUGAGACUUUUGUAUAUAUAAAUGCCUAAAUUGUUGCUGCGACAGUAAAAAUGCCUAAAUUGUUGCUGCGGCAGUAAAAAGUAAAAGUAAAAAACAGAAAUGGGACCAUUUUACAACCAAAGACUCACUAGCGAACUUGAGGAAUACUAGUUAGUUCCUCUGUUGGGGGCUCAAAGAACAAGAAUGGUUUGGAGCUUGCAUUUUUCCUGCUUGUGAAUUUAGCCUUGGUUUAGCUUUCCUCACCUUAAGCAGUACAUUGUAAAUUAGUGAAACUUUAAUACUUUAAUUUUGUAAUUAUUUAAAUGCUCUCUAUUUUAGUCUUUACAUGAUCUACUACUGAUUAACUUUACAGUUUUUUUACAGUGUGAGCAUUGUUCAGUUCAAUACACUUGCUAUACAAGAAGGCAAAAUGAAACGGAAAGCAACAGCUAUACACCAAAUCUAACACAUUCAGACAUUCGUAUUGCUGUAGAUUAAUGAUGCUGUUCUGACUUGGUAUUUAUUUUAAAUGCUUUUAAGAGAUUUCUAUGCUCACCAAGGGUUGUUUUGUGUUGCUCUGGUUAUCAGUGUAGAUCAUCGUUGUUUAGCGUGGAUGGAUGUUUGAUGAAAAUGUGACAUCCUGCAUAUUAAAUGCACUUAAACCAGA